UACCAAAUGAGGACUACUAAUAGGGACGAUCCCAACUUUGGAAAGCCAAAGAUUAAGUUCAGAAUAGCAGUUGUAGGCGCUCCACAAGUUGGAAAGACAACUAUUAUCAAACAAUUCAUGCAGGGAAGCUUGACUUCUGAUGAAACUCCUGAGAUCAAUUUUGAUAAGCUUAUUGAAGAGUCGGAUGGGACUUAUGAGAUUGAAUUAGAGUAUAACAGGCUCCAAUACAUUAUCUAUCUUGAGGAAAAACCUAUUGUUAAUCAUGAAGGCAAGUGUAUUAUGGAAGGAGAGGACCAGUACCUUAAUGAGUAUGAUGGGGUUCUGUAUACCUUUGCACUUGAUAACCCUGAGUCUUACCUCAUGCUUCAAGAUUUUUAUAAUGGCCAAGUCGCAGCUGGAUCUCUUUUCAGACCCAGAGUUGCAGUUGCUAAUAAGAUAGACUUAAUUGAUCCGGAUGAUUAUGAGGAUAUGGUAGACCUUACAAAAUCUGUUGCUGUUGAUAACGAAGGAAAAUUCAACUUCAACGGUACUAAAAAGUGGGUGGCAGAAACAAUGAAUUGUGAAUACGCAGAAAUCUCUGGAAACGAUCACUCAAAUGUUGAUGAAGUUUUUAUGAUGCUUAUCCACAUGAUGGAUGAAAAGGAAGAACAUAAAGCUGCUACUUCUUCUUGCCUUCACAAACUUACAAAUAUUAGGUUCCUCUCUGGAUUAUUUCUUAAUUUCUUAUCUCUAAUGGGAAUUAUUAUGCUUGGAGCUGGAAUGUAUUCUGGAACAAAGCCUCAAAGACCCCAUGAUGAUAACUGGUUAUAUGUAAUCAUGUUCUUCAUUGGAAUUUUUACCUUUAUCCCUGGAGUUGUAGGAUUCUAUGGUGUUAAGUAUUCAAGCAAAGAAUAUCUCGGAGCUGUAAUCACGAUGCUUAUCCCAAUUACUAUCCUUUCAAUGGCUUAUACAACUUUCUUCUUUAUUAAAAUAAGUGAGCUUGAGAUUGUUCAAAACAAUAUUCUCACAGAAGGAUCGGCUAGAGUUAUUUCAAUCCUGAAUGUAGUCGACGUUUUACUCAAAUGAAUUUCAGUUUAUUUCACUCAUCAUGUCUACUCUAACUUAAAAACUGAAAACAGAGGAGUUGCAGACGACCAUCUUGCAGAACAUCAGCAAUAUAAACCUAUUACUGAUAUUGAGCAUCCCUUAAUUGUGACCAAGAGUAAAUGGAGAGCUUCGAACACAGGUACGCAACUGACAAAGUCUGCAAAAUCUGUAAAGUCCCAUCAAAACAGAAUAGGUGAUUAAAUCUUCAAAAUUACAAUCCAAA